UGAGCAAACAGCAGUCAGUUGUCAACUACUCCCGGGGUUAUAUUCUUUCGACUUUUGUAAAAUUAAAUUAAAAUGUUUGCUAUUGACGCUCCCCUAGAAAUACAAAAUUCUGAAUUUUGCAACUAUCGGUCGCCUUUAAGCACGCGAUAUGCAUCGAAAGAAAUGCAGUACAAUUUUAGUGACCAAAAGAAAUUUUCUACAUGGAGAAAACUUUGGAUUUACUUAGCAAAGGCUGAAAAGGAGUUGGGCCUCGACAUCUCAAGCGAACAGAUUGCGGAGCUCGAGUCCGCCGUACACGACAUCGACUUCGCCUCAGCCGCAGAACACGAGAAGAAGGUUCGCCACGAUGUGAUGGCUCAUGUCCACACUCUGGCCGAGCGCUGUCCCCUCGCAGCGCCCAUCAUCCACUUGGGAGCCACUUCUUGCUACGUUGGCGAUAAUACCGAUCUAAUUGUCCUUAAACACGGCUUAGAAUUAUUGAUGCCAAGAUUGGCCGCUGUCAUAAGCCGUUUGUCGAAGUUUGCCGAUGACAAUAAAUCCAUACCCAUUUUGGGCUUCACGCACUUGCAACCCGCUCAGUUGACAACUGUUGGUAAGCGCGCCUCUUUAUGGCUCAGCGACUUACUAAUGGACGAGCGCGCUUUAUCUCGUGCACAUGACGAUCUCCGUUUCCGCGGAGUGAAGGGUACUACUGGAACCCAAGCUUCAUUUCUACAACUAUUCAAAGGCGAUAGUGCAAAAGUUAAAGCUCUAGAUAAAAGAGUCGCCGAAUUAGCUGGAUUUGAUAAGCGAUACAUCGUGACAGGACAAACAUAUUCCAGAAAAGUGGAUUUAGAAGUUAUAUCAGCCUUGUCAGGAUUGGGAGCCACGGUGCAUAAGAUGUGCUCAGAUUUACGCAUCCUGGCGUCCCGUAAAGAAUUGGAAGAACCUUUCGAGGCGUCUCAAAUAGGUUCGAGCGCAAUGCCCUACAAAAGAAAUCCUAUGAGAUCAGAACGCUGCUGCGCUUUAGCGCGUCAUUUGAUAACACUUCAUGCCAAUGCUGCAAAUACUCAUGCAGUACAAUGGUUGGAACGUACGUUAGACGAUUCAGCUAAUCGACGAAUUACAUUGGCAGAGGCAUUUCUAACUGCUGAUGCAACAUUGCUCACACUUCUUAACAUCUGCCAAGGACUUGUAGUAUACCCUAAAGUUUUAGCUCGCCACAUAGCUCAGGAGCUCCCGUUUAUGGCAACUGAAAAUAUCAUAAUGGCCAUGGUACAAGCUGGAGGAGAUCGUCAAGUUUGUCAUGAAAAGAUUAGAGUUCUCUCUCAUGAAGCUGGGGCAGUGGUAAAACAAGAGGGAAAGGAUAACGAUCUUAUUGAUCGUGUUAAGAAAGAUGCAUAUUUUGCUCCUAUCAUACCGCAACUAGAAAAUAUUUUGGAUGCAUCCACUUUUAUUGGCAGAGCGCCUGAACAAGUUACAGAAUUCAUCGAAGAAGAAGUAAAUCCUAUUCUGAAAAAGUACAAGGAUGCUCUAACAGAGGUAGAAAAGCCAGUAUCUUUAAAUAUUUAAGAUUGUUUUCAAAUAAUUGACGCAAUAUUAUUAAUCAUUAUAAUUGUUAAAUUAUAUGAAAUAAAAUACAAG